AGACGAAGCUUCAGCCCAUAUCGAACAAACCGGCCUACAAACCCAAAUCAUCCCUUCGUUCCUCGAUCGCCACCACCACACCACCACCACGGAUUCGUACCGGGGGACUUUUCUCCCUCUGUAAAAUUUUGCGCCUUCUUCUAAUCUCAGCUCUGCUCCAAAAUUAGGGUUUACAAUCAGAACAAAAAUGGAGAAAGAGAAGAAGAACAAAUACAGCAUAAUAGUGCCAACGUACAACGAACGUCUCAACAUUGCACUCAUCGUUUAUCUCAUCUUCAAACACCUCCGGGAUGUUGAUUUUGAAAUUAUUAUCGUGGAUGAUGGGAGCCCUGAUGGUACUCAAGAAGUUGUUAAACAGUUACAGCAAGUAUAUGGUGAAGAUCACAUUUUGUUAAGACCUAGAGCAAAGAAGCUUGGACUAGGCACGGCUUACAUUCAUGGGUUGAAGCAUGCGUCGGGGAAUUUUGUUGUCAUCAUGGAUGCUGAUCUAUCUCACCAUCCAAAGUACUUGCCAAGCUUUAUCAAGAAACAGUUGGAGACUGGUGCAAGCAUAGUUACUGGGACCCGAUAUGUUAAGGGUGGAGGCGUACAUGGGUGGAAUCUAAUGCGCAAGCUAACUAGUAGGGGAGCUAAUGUUCUUGCUCAAACACUUCUGUGGCCUGGUGUAUCUGAUCUGACAGGAUCUUUCAGACUUUAUAAGAAAUCAGUGCUUGAAGAUAUUAUCAGUUCUGUGGUUAGCAAGGGAUAUGUCUUUCAAAUGGAGAUGAUUGUUCGGGCCUCCAGAAAAGGCUACCAUAUUGAGGAGGUCCCGAUUACCUUCGUUGAUAGAGUAUUUGGGAGUUCAAAGCUAGGAGGAUCUGAAAUUGUCGAAUAUUUGAAAGGCCUUGCAUAUCUUCUAGUUACAACAUAAGAUACAACGCUGUUUACGAACACUAUCAGUUUUGUACACCUUGUGCACUUCUGCACUUCCUGUUGCUAUCUUAAUAGCCAUAAUCAUAGUUUUUUAUACUUGCAAAAAUCGUGAUCCUUCGUAGUUUUGUAAAGAUUUGUUGACUUCUUCCUCGUACUGUGAUAGGUUUUGGAUUCAAAUUAGAAUUAUUAUCAUAUCAGCUCUUGUUUGAUGAUUUUUGUCAAAAUUCAAGGCAUAAUCAUCACCAGCACUGAACAGAUAUAUUGCAAGAAUUUCAAUGAUUUUUCCCCUUUGAUGCA